AUGAUCCAGCUCUUCCGUACGCUCCUCAGUCUCGGACUUCUCGCCUCUGCCUCCGCGUGCAAGACGUGGUCGGUCAACGUCGGCAACGAGACGGGCGCCGCGCUCUUUGACCCGAUAUCACUCAGCGGAGUCGCCUCGGGAGAUGUUGUUACCUUCCACUUCAACCCGAAGAACCAUACAGUCACCCAGUCAAGCUUCGCUCAGCCUUGCCGUCCGCUUCCUGGCGGCUUCGACACUGGGUUCAACAACCCCGUAUCGAUCGGUGCUCCUCUCUCCGGCCGCCCCACCUUCAACUUCACCGUGAACGGGACAGGACCAGUAUGGGUCUACUGCCGUCAAGCCCAGUUCACCAAUGUCAGCCACUGCGGCCAAGACAUGGUCUUCGCCAUCAACCCCGACGCGCCCAACACAGGCAUGAACCGCACACUCGACACGUUCCGCAAGAACGCGCUCGUCGAAGCCUUCGCCGAUCUCUUAUUCGGCAACAUCACCACCACGACUUCGACGUCUGCAUCCCACACGUACGCAACAGCCUCGGCUAGCGAGUCGUGUUCGACUCCCUACGCGGGCUCGCUCGCCGCUGCCGUCGGCACUACUAGCAAUGGCGGAUCCGACUCGGAUGCGGCGCUGCUGAACAAGGUGAAUAGCCUCGCACCGGUCGUGUUUGGGCUGUUGGGCGGUAUACUCGUCGUGAUGCUUGCCAUUCUGGGCGUGGGCAUUGCGAUGUGCGUUAAGCGCGGGGCUACGGUCCGGCAGGUUAACCCUAACUACGUGCCUGUGCGCCGUCAUGAGCACGUGAGCUUCCCUGAGGGUGGACAGUAUACGGAUGCUCCUGCGUUCAAGUAUGAUGCUUGA